CCUUUAGUCCCGACACCGCCAACAGUGGUUUGUCCACCAGGCACAUAUGGGAAGGACUAUAAACAGGCAUGUCAGUGUUCAGCUGAGAAUGAAGAGUGUCACCCAGUCACGGGGAAAUGUACCUGUUUGCCCGGGUACCAUGGAAACCGCUGUCAUCUCUAAUUUUAUUUUAAAACUGGAAGAAAAAGGAAGAAAGAAGCAUCCACUCUUUGGGUUUGAGACUCAAGUUUGUCCUGAGGAUCGCUAUGGGCAGGACUGUGUCCAACAGUGUUCCUCUGGCUCAGGACAGUGUGACCUGGUGACUGGAGGGUGCCAGUGUCCAUCUGGCCAAAUGAGAGCCAGGUGUCAGCAAGGAUGUCCCCAAACACUGUAUGGCACAAAUUGUGAGUUAAAAUGUUCCUGUAAAAAUGGUGAACUUUGCAGUCCUGUGGACGGAAGCUGUACCUGUGGUCUCUGGGGGACAGGAAAUUAUUGUGAAAAAGAACGCAUGUCAGGCCACUAUGGACCUCCUGGUGCUCGGAAGUACCAGUGUAUCCACAGAGCUCAUUGUAACCCUCCUCAUGGGAGCUGCACUUGCCCCUCGAAGAGAAUGUGUCCAACCUGUGAGGAAAAUGAUUUGGAUAAUCCUCAGUAACUGAAUAGCUCUUCAGUGGGUGAAUAGAAUUUUGCCAGGGUUCACCUAUGGUUCAUCAUCUUAACUUUGGCAGAGAAAUGGACUAACUCAACUAUCUUCAGCCCAACUGCGCCUGUUGUGAGGUGAAAAACAGGACGUCUCAACUUUAUGGCUUCCAAGCAUAAGUUCCUUUCUCUAGGCUACCCUUCCUAACUGCCUUUUGCUGAAGAACAUGCCCAAGGAAAAGAGAAUGUUUUUUCAAGAUUCCAAUCAUAGUAACAUUUUGGACUAAUAAAUAAAACUCUCUCUCUUUUUUUUUUAUAUGCACAGGCGGUAUUUAAAUUUGGAAGUAAGAACUGCUUUUCAGUUCAGGUUGGACUGCACUGAAAUAUUCACACCUAUUCACUGAAGACCUCAGUGGCUAUUAAGUAGCUGGAUCCUCUUUAGAAAUGUCUAGAAUUUCAUCUAUUUAUUCUCAGUAUCCUGCUUCACAGCUAAGUCUGCUUCAGAUUGUUAAUGUAUUGAAUUUCAAACAUGAUUUUUGGUGUGGGAGACUAUUAAGUCUUUCGCCACAUAAAAAUCAGUGUAAAAGUAUGACGUGCACACUUAUAAUGAAUCAUCAAAAUGUUUAGUGGUGUUAUCCCCAUCACUGGUCAGCAGACAGGAAAAAAGUGAGCAUAAGUGAUCGAGGCAAGUUCUUUGCCAGCUCUGGGGGACACGGAUUUCCCACAGCGUAGGGCUUGCUGGGAAUCAGAUUUUUAAUCCAUAUGGGUAAACUUCACCCAAAUUGCUCAUCAUUCAGGUUGGCCCUACAGCUCUUUGUAAGCAUGAACCCUGUGAUAAGCCCAAGAAAGAUCCAACAAUAAAUAUGAUUGUAUUUCUUGCUCUCAAGUAGUUUAUGAACAUCUAAAACUUGAAAUUACUGGUUAAUU